AUGAAAUUGCAAAAUGUGCUGUUGAAAUUGUUCUUUUUCACCUGUGUUCAAGCCACGCAUGGUCAUUUUGAUAAUUUUAAAAACGAGGAUGAACUGUCAAACUCUAUGAUCGACAUUCUCCGCUACUGCUCUGCUCCGAUCGACGGCAUAGUGUUAUCCGGAAACUGGGACUACAAAGACGUAAUCAAACUCAACAAAGUCUUCAAUUUUUCCUUACCUCUAAUCCUCAUCGGCCUCCACGAAGACUUUCAUUUCAAAAAGCACAAGCGCUUAAAAAACAUCUACAAUAUGACCGAUACCGUCAUGAAGAAGAAAAAAUAUCCAGGCGCAAAUUUCCUCAUUAUGGUACAUUCCAACAGCAGCUUAUCCCAGGCCUUAAACAUGCUGAGAGAGUCGGUUCUGUGGAACCACGAGGGCGUCUUCCUGAUCGUUUGCAAAAAUUUCGAGGACCGAUGCAGAACCGCUGGAUCUUUUCUCUAUCUGGCUUGGUCCUUCCAUAUUUUGUCCGUUACUCUUUUGUGCUACGACGACGACGAUGUCCUGCAAGUUUAUACUUUCAAUCCGUUCACGCGACUGGCGCCGAAGUUUUGGAACGUCGUCGAAGGGGAGAGAGAAGGAAAGGAUACCAGGUGGACUUUGUUGAAGAAAUCUGUAAACGAUCUUGUCAACGUUUCCUAUGCGACCAUCUGCGAGAACCUAAACUUCGACAAAACGAAAAACCUGGACGGCUUCACCCUGAAAAUGGGCGCGUACAUUCACCCGAAGCUUCUCUCCUACGACCCUAAGAAAACCGGUCUUCGCCGAUUCGGCGGUGUGAACGGCGAAAUAUCACUGGCGAUUUGGAGUCAUUUGAACGCCACAGCCAGUAUAAAUUUCUACUCGAAAUCCGGCUUCAUCGACGACAACGGCUCGCUCCAAAGUUCCCUGCGAGACCUGCUCAAAGGCAAGAUCGAAAUAUUCAUGAACAUGAACCUGAUGCGCGAAUUCUGGAAGCUACAGAGUUACCCUCACGAGACUGCCGGUUUCUGCAUGGUUUCCCGCAAAGAUUCGUUUUCGCAGGUCUCGUUCCAUUACUACAACGUCUUCCAACCCGAAGCUUCGCUGUUCCUCGGAGUCAUCUGCUUGACCUUGGCUGUGACCUUGAAGUAUCUCACGAACCGAUCUUUUCACUUCGCCGCCUUGGAACUGGUCAGGAUGAUCGUUAUGACACCGACUCUGUCGACUCCGCGCAAUCCUGUCAUCAAAAGCCUCUUCGUUUACUUCGCGCUACAGAUGAUGCUUCUGAACACGUAUACCCAUAGUAGGCUGACGUCCUUCGACGUCGUACCGAGGACCAGUCCGACGAUCGACACCGACGUCGACCUGAUCAGGUCGAACCUGAUGAUCUACGGGACACUGAGUUACAAUGAGCUUUUUGGCGCAGAUCCGUGGCUGAAGGACAGAUACAGAUUCGGUAAGUACCCAGAGUGCGUCGAACGUCUGAUGAGAGGAAGCCGCAUAAUCUGCAUCGCCGGAUGCUACGAGGCCAAAUUCAACGCCUACGAGGGUGACGUUCUACACGUGUCCGAUGCCAUAAGGCAGUUCUACAUGAGCUUCUCGGUGAACGAGUACUGGCCUUUUUACUCGAAGUUCAACGAAGUGCUCAGGAGACUGAGCGAAGCUGGAUUCAUCAGGCUCUAUCGGCAGAGAGAAGCCGAAUCAUUUUUGCGAGAUUUGAGCAGUAAGAACAAGGAUUAUCGCGGAUUCUUUCAGCCGUUCUGGUACUUGUGGAUCUACGGGACGGUCGUGGCUGUUGUGGUGUUCUCAGUUGAGAUGGUUUUUUACGAAGUUAAGAAAAGGCUGGAAGUUAGAUGAGCGAAAAGUAUUGAUUUCGUUGGCUUGUGUGUAUCGAAAAUAAACGUUUAUUUUGUGCAAAAAAAUUGCGUUUUUUCUUCUUCUUAUCGAAGAGUCAAUUUAAAAAUGAUAGGUUGGACAGGUAUGAUAUAGCUACGAUCGAUGCUUGGAAGC